AUGAAGACGGAAUUAUCUGCUAUUUUCUGGGCCGUGUUGGUGCUCGCGGGCCUGGCCAGCGCCACGGCUAUCAGCCCGAAACCCCCCAAGGCGCCAGGCCUGACCUACCUGUACACUGUCAACAUCACGGGCGGCGACCUGUACGAGGUCGGUGCCGGCCCACGCGGCACUCGCAUCGUGGUGCCCAUCCUGAGCGGCAGCUUCUCGGGCCCCAAGUUCAAAGGGACUGUGCUGCCCCUGGGCGGCGACUGGGAGCUGGUGGACGCCAACCACCCCGGCAACGGCACCGUGACGAUUGACGUGCGGCAGACGUUCAAGACGGACGACGGCGCCCUGAUCCAGGUCUUCGAGUCGGGCGCAACGCAGACCGAUGGCACCGCGCACGUGCGUCUGACCUACGAGACGGGCAGCCAAAAGUACUACUGGAUCAAUUCGAUCGUGGCUAUUGGCAUCAUCCGCCCCCUGCCGGCCGGCAGCCUGCAAAUCCAGGCGUGGCAGAUGACGACUCCGACAUGA